UUCAGUCUUGGCCAGGUCGGUGUGCGAGACACACAUCAACGAAAAAAGAAAACAACAGAGAACCAAAAGGCAGCGCGUCUCGUUGUCGUCGUCGCGCGUUCGCUCUAUCGCGUUCAAUAUUUCAAGCUGUCGGCGAAUCGCAGAUGAAAAACCGAGCAUCACCCACGAUGAAGGCAAGCACUCGAAUUUUAUGCACGGCGCUGCAUCUGAUUACAAUCGCAGCUCUAACGACACACGGCGCACAGAUUCCAACACCAGAGAAGGAUGCGCCUGGCACGCUAAACGCUGCCAUUGCCGCUGCCGAGGCGGAAGCAGCUGCUCAGGAUGCCACGCCCACAGCGAAGCCAGGCAGCAUUGCGCCCAAUGUACGUGUGCAGUGCCAGUCGGGCUCAAUGCUGAUCACGAUCAAAGAUGCGCCACCCAAUCACGAGACGGGCCUGUUCAGUGGCAUGAUCUACCCGAAAGGCCUCUCCAAGAACUCCUCAUGCCUCAGCGAAUACAGAGAUCACAUUGGCGCGCUGCGCUACAGAUUGCCGCUGCGCAGCUGCAACACGAUGCCCAAGGAGCGGGACGAUGGCGGCAUCGAGUUCUUCAACACAAUUGUGCUGCAGCCGCACUUGAAGCUGAUAACGGAUCUGGGACGCGGCUACCAUGUGCGCUGUGCCUACAUGAGCCGCGACGCUGCCGUCAAGCCCAAGAAGCAUAAGGUCGUCCAUAAGCCACAAGCCUAUCGCAGCGAUGAGCACGACAGGCGCGACUAUGGCCGCUCGUUGGACAAACAGCAGCUUGAUGAGCUGGAGGAUGAUGAUGAUGAUGUUUACGAUGUGGAUGCAACAGAUAACAACGAGCUGCCUAUGCCCGGCUGCCACAUGAAGAUCUACAACGACCAGCACAAAAUCGCCGACGAUGUGAAAAUCGGCGAUCCGCUGACCAUUGUCAUCAGCAUCGACAAGCAGGAACUCUACGGCCUGCACGUAACGGAUUGCAUUGUCCGUGAUGGCUUGGGCUGGGGCGAGCAGCGACUGGUGGGCGAGGAUGGCUGUCCCAUGGACAACGAGAUCAUGGGUCAAUUUAAAUAUACGUCAGAUCGUCUGGCUGCCAAUGUUACCUUCCCGGCCCACAAAUUCCCCUACACCACCUCCGUGUACUAUCAGUGCAAUGUACGUCUGUGCGCUCUGCAGGAUCCCAGCUGCCAAGAGGCGCCUGUGUGCACGGGCAAACGACCCAAGCGACAGACAACGGCCGACGGCAAAGACGACGAAGCGCUGCCCGCUACCAUCGAGGUCUUCUCUGGCCUCUAUGUCAAUGAGAACGAGAAUGCCAACGAUAGCGACGAGGAUGCUGUCUACAAGGAGAAGACCCUGGAGGAUGCUCUGUGCGUGUCGCAGCGCACCUUUGCCAUAGCCAUUGCCAUUGCUGGACUCAUUCUGAUGCUGGCCGUGGUGGCCGCCGUGCUGUGCAUUAUGGCACGCCGCAGCACGAAGACGGUUUCCAACUCGGGCAGCUCCAUAUACAGUGGACCCUACACAAACACCGCCUUCUCGCACAGCAGCUAAAAUGUGACAAACAAAAAUUGAAAGCAAAAGAAAAGAUGAAAAAGAGAAACUUUCGCAAAUAUUUCCAAAACUCAAUAAUGGAACACUCAAAGUGUUUAAAAAGAAAACUUUAAAAUAUUGAAAAUCAAGCUAAAUGCCAGCAUUGAAGAAGAGCAAGAGCCGCCUGCGGUAGUCAAAUGCAGUUUUAGUCUGUAAGGUCACAAGUUUUUAAUUUAAUAAUAUUACAAAAUGAAAUAAUUAGGUUUUGCAUGAAAUGAAAAGAAAUUUCCCUGUGCAGAGAUUACCGGGCAAUUUCCCCGUCAUUAGCUAAUUGCCCGCUAAUGUCACAGAGUUAGUUGUGCAGUGCUGCCAAGUUUAUGUAUAGAUAACUGGGGCAGCACCGCAUUUCGGUAGCUCUGUUAAAGCACGAACUCACGUGUUGGUGUCGGUUGGAUUCCACUUAGAUUCUUAUCAGAGUCAAACGCACACUCCUCGUUCUCUCUUGUAGUGCAGUCAUUAAACUUUAUAAUUAUACGAAUAUUGUAUUUAUCUUACUAUUUAACUUGCUUAAUUUAAAGAACUCGAACUAACAACGAAUGCAGCAGCCGACGCUCAGGUGAUAUUUGUAUUUGUACUUUAAAUUUAU